UCAAAAUUGCGAUGGCAUGUCUUCGGAUCAUCCUCCGGGAUGUUUCCCAGACCGUCGCCAAUAGCCCAUUCGCGAUCGAAAUGAACUAUAGGUGGUGUCUGGACGAAUUCUUUACUUAUGGCAACACCCUGCAUGCGUUUACCAUUAGCGUGUGGACAGUCAUAGAGGUGAGAUCUACGUCUGAAUACAUUCUAUUUUUAAAAUUAAUUAAAAAUUUUAUAUUUUCGAGUCAACUAUUUUUCGAAAGCUUAGAAAUGUUUCUGAAAUGUAGAAUAGCAGAAAUUAUUCGAUAUGUGGAAGGAAAUCCUAAUGCACGAUCAAUUGUUGAAGCAGAGCGACUUGUGGAUGCUGACCAUUUUACACAGCCAGGUGUAAAAGAAAGAAACGGUACGCAGAAAAAGCUUUUCCCACUUUGUAUGCAAACUUCAGCUCUACGUAAAGAUCCCCAUCAAAUUGAAGGAGAAUUCAGCAUUGCAGGCGAUAAUCUAAUCGUUAAAAAACUUUCCUGUUCUUGUGUAGCUGGGAUCAGUGGCACGCGGCCGUUGGAGAUGUCCUCUACAGAUUUGCAAUGUUCUUGGAAGAGGCAGAAGCAACAAAAAAGAUCACGCCUUGACCCUGUACCCAUUCAAGAUUAUUGUCACUCAAAGAGAGUGGCAAAUCGGACAGUGUUUAGCGAGGAGGAUGCGGAGAACAUCAGACUAAAGUAUGCCUCACUUCUCCCAACUUCUAUUAUGGAAAAAAGUUAUUACAGAAAACGACAAGUUGGAAAUGUCAUUAUUUGCUCUCUAAAACACUGNGUAGCAGAUAAAAGGCUAUUUGAAUGUUUCAUUCAAUUGGAUUAUGAAAAAGCAAAGGAUCUGGCAGUUUCUACAGUGAGACAAGAAGAUAAGAGAUGGAAAGAGGAAAGGGCCAAGAGAAUAACCGGUUCCAUAUGUUAUGACUUAUAUACCUACACAAGCAACAAAAAUCCUGACUGGGAAAGGAAGUUAAGCCUGUUUGCACCUUCUUUUAAAGGAAAUCAAGCUACGAACUAUGGUAAGGAUCAGGAGAAUGCUGUUGUUGCUGCAUAUGAAUUGGCAGCAAAAAAAAACAGUUGUAAAGAUUGGGUUAAUUGUGCAUCCACAAGUUGCUUGGAUAGGAUUUAGUCCAGAUGGUUUUACAAUGAAUGGCUCUGAA